UUUAUCAUAUAUACGAGCCUUGCGAGACGUCUGCUUAUCCUCGAGCAAAAUGUCGACUGCCGAGUUGAAUCCGAGACCUUUGCGGGUUUCUCCUUUCAUCAAGUUCUGUCGUUGGAGUCUUCUUCUUACUGGAAUUGCAUAUGGUGCUUAUCAUCAAAGAAGACUCAGUAACAGGGAGAAUGCACGCAGAGAAGAAGAACUGAAACUUAAACCAAUACGCGAUGCCAAGUUAGCUGAAGAAAAGAGACUAGCUACAUUAGCGGAACAAAAGAUGUUCGAUGAAUUACUAAAUCCUAAAGCAACAUAAGAGAGCCUUAUUUGUUUGACAUUAGUGCAUAUGUUUAUGAAAUGUUUAUUGAUUUAUAUGUAUCUAUAAAACUAGUCGACGUACUGCUCCAACAUCAUUAUCACAUCUACAGAUAAUAAAUUCUGCAUUGUACAAAAAUAUUAAAUAAAGAUCUGUGGAAAUUA